AUGGACACCAAACCAACCAUCGUCCUCAUCGGAACCUGCGACACCAAAUGGGACGAACUAUGCUUCACGCAGUCACAAAUCCUCACUCACAACACCUGCUCCGUCCUGCUCAUGGACAUCGGCCGCACCCCGAGCCCCCACGCCUCCAUCGCCAUCACACAUCCCGAACUAACCAGCCCCGAUACCUCCACCGAAAAGAUAUCGGAUCUCCCCCGCCCAGAAUACAUCCACCGGAUGACCACCCACGCCAUCACCACCCUCACCAACCUCCACCGCGCCGGCUCCAUCCACGCCGUCCUGGGCAUAGGCGGCUCCUGCGGCACCGCCCUGGCAACAGCCGCUAUGCGCGCCGCCCUCCCCGUAGGCUUCCCCAAGCUCAUGGUCUCGACCAUGGCCAGCGGCGACGUCACGCCCUACGUCGGGGAAACGGACCUGACCCUCAUGUACAGCGUCGUCGACAUCGCCGGGACGAACCGCAUCCUGAACCGGAUUCUAGCGAACGCCGCGGCGGCUGUGACCGGGAUGGCUGUUUCGUUCUGCGCGUUGCAGGCGCAGAGCACGCAAGCCGCCCGGACCGAUCGCAAGACCCGCAUCGGGAUCACCAUGUUCGGGGUGACCACGCCCGCCGUCGAUACCAUUCGGGAGCGGCUGCAGCGGACACUCGACUGCGAGGUGUACGUCUUCCACGCGACCGGGGCAGGCGGGAAAGCGAUGGAGCGGCUCGUCCGCGAGGGCCAGCUGGACGCCGUGAUCGAUCUCACCACGUCCGAGAUCGCGGACGAGAUCGUCGGCGGCGUGCUCUCUGCGGGACCGCGGCGUCUGGCGGCGGCGGGCAUCCCGCAGAUCAUCAGUGUGGGUGCCUGUGACAUGGUCAAUUUCGGGCCGCGGGAUACGGUGCCGGCGCGGUUUCUCGACAACCAACGGCUGCUGUAUGAGCAUAACCCGACUGUGACGCUGAUGCGGACGACUGCCGGGGACGGUGAGCGGAUUGCCCGUUUCAUGGCGGAGAAGCUCAAAGCCCAUGUUGCGCACCCGGAGCGAGUGCGGGUGAUUUUGCCCACGGCGGGUAUCAGCAUGCUUGAUACGCCGGGCCAGCCGUUCCACGACCGGGCAGCUGAUGAGGCACUGUUCUCGACUCUCGAGAACGAGCUCAAGGGGUCAGGAAUUGCAGUUCUGCGAGACUUGAGAGAGAUCAAUGAUCCCGAGUUGGCCGUCUCCGUAGCCGAUUCCCUAGCAGAUUUGUUGAUGGGCCACACGAAGUGCCGAUCCAAAUCGGCGGCGAUUGGUACGACCAAGGGUACGACCGAUGCUACGAUAUAA